GUUCUGCAUGCACCCGGCUCGACCACUCCUGUCUAACUACAACUCGGCCGACCUGUCCUCAACACGACUUUGCUUGCGACAGUCCCCUCUCUGCCUCAUCGCUGGCCUCUGCGACUUCGAGCCGCUCCCUCCCACUUUUCUCCCCGACUACGGAGCUCUGUCCGCCGCGCUCUCUCCAGACGCUUGACGCGCAAGCCGCUUGCCACGCGGCACCAUCAUCUGGACCGACCUCCCGCAACCCUUUCCGACAUUGCAACAUGGUCUAUUGAGACGACUCAACUUGCGCAAACUAUAGACAGACAUUCAAUCCGACCUACCGACGUCAUCCUCGUACGAAACACUACUCGGGGCCUGCCCAGCGCUGCUUGCAGCGAUGCCACACUCCACCUCGUCAGGGUCGUCACACGUCCGGGACCAGUCGCUUCCCCGCUCAGGCACAAAGUUUCCUGCUGAUAAUGACAACGAUGGCGACUCGGGCCUUGAAAAGUUCCCCGACCACAUAGACUCCCCUGCCGUGCGGGCCAUGGGUGCGCGAUCUGUCAGCCCUGCUGGUUUGAACCCCUAUGGGGUGGGCAUGAAUGGCGGAGGCUUCAGCAGUGCCGGUCUAGAUCGCUGGCAACCACGGCGGGACAAUUCCACCAAAGGCGUCAGAUGGGGCGCGUCGGCCGCUCCUGGUCGUGGCAACGGCCACGUCAGGCAGCAAAAGAGCAUCAGCGAGGCCCUGCAGAACAUAAGGGGUCGAAGUGGAAGUGUCACUCAGAACGCCCAUGAACUGGCUGAUGCCCUGAGGGCUCCGAUAUCCCCCAGGCUCAUCGCGCUAUGCGUGACGUGGUACAUGUCAUCUGCGUUGACAAACACCUCUUCCAAGUCGAUCCUCAACGCCUUCGACAAACCCGCAAGCUUGACCAUGGUUCAGUUCUUCCUUGUUGCGUUCUACUGCCUAACAAUGUCGUGGCUGUCACGGGUGUUUCCGAAUUUACAGACCAUGGUCCCAGUCCUCAGGAACCCGAUUCGCUAUCCUUCGAGAGAAGUAAUCUCCACAACUUUACCACUGGCGGCAUUCCAGAUUGGCGGCCAUCUCUUGAGCUCGAGCGCAACCUCGAAAAUCCCGGUCUCGAUGGUGCAUACAGUCAAGGGCCUUUCGCCGCUCUUCACAGUGUUGGCAUACCGGUUCAUCUACGAUAUCCGUUACCCCAGAGCAACAUACUACUCCCUCAUCCCAUUGACAUGUGGUGUUAUGCUUGCAUGCUCCAGCAAGCAUGCUUUCCAAGUUGAUGGCGAGCUUCUCGGCUUGAUAUAUGCUCUUCUUGCGACCCUCAUCUUCGUCACGCAGAACAUCUUCUCCAAGAAACUCUUCAACGAGGCGGCCAGGGCCGAGGCGGAUGGACAUGCCACAAAGUCACGCAAGCUGGACAAGCUCAACCUCCUCUGCUACUCCUCGGGCAUGGCCUUUGUCUUGACGUCCCCGAUCUGGUUCUUCUCCGAGGGCGUAGGCCUGAUCCGGGACUUCUUGCACGAUGGAUCACUGGAUCUCUCUGCGAAGCCUGGAACCUUCGACCAUGGCCGCCUCUUCAUAGAAUUCCUAUUCAAUGGCACUUUCCACUUCGGCCAGAACAUUCUCGCGUUUGUUCUGUUGUCCAUGGUGUCGCCGGUCACGUACUCUGUUGCGUCACUGAUCAAGCGCGUCUGGGUCAUUAUUGUGGCCAUCAUCUGGUUCUGGCAGCCGACAACACCACUUCAAGCAGUCGGCAUCGCCAUGACAGCUUUAGGCUUAUACCUCUAUGAUCGUGCAAAUGACAGCAACAAGGCCGACAAGAGGGCUCGGACGCUGAGCCAGAGCACCGCGCGAUCGCAGCCACUCUUGCCCUUGAACACCAGAGACGCGCGCCCGACGCCAGGGUCGCAGAUGUACGACAGCCCGAUGGCCAUGAACGGAUCGCCAGCACCAUAUGUGUACACCAACGGGCAUACGGCGAUGACUAGUGGCUCUGUCGGUGAUUCUAAGAAGAACGACGGCAUGGGUUCUGGGCGGCAACGUGGUCAAAGUAAUGCUGGGUGGCUACCACCAGGAACCAAGCAGGAAGACACGUGGAGGUUUGAGGAUCGGGUCAAGAUCACCGCAUGAUCGAAUGGCACUGAGAGGCUUAAAGGAGCUCUUGCAUUAUUUUGGGCAUGGCGGACAGUGCAUGUGACAGCAGGAUUCAUGGUAAUGAUGCAUGAGAUGUAUAUUUGAAUAACAUGUAGAUAUUGGAUAAGCUAGAAAUUUCACGUUAUGGCGUAAAGGAAUGG